AUGAGGCUUUCAUCAAGUGUCAUUGAAAUUAUUGCCUGUUGUAUCCUGAUAUUUGUCAGUUUAUUGGGAAAUACCAUAUUGAUUUAUUGCACAUGGAAGUGCAUUACAAGACGUCUGCCAACUUCAUUUGCCCUAAUUUUCAGCCUUGCAUUUGCUCACGUAGUAAAGAAUAUUGUGAUCAAUGCUAUGAAUAUUAUUUUCAAUGCUGGAUUGGUCCCUAAUUCUCAUGUCUGCAAAUUUGGAUUGUUUACAGCAUCCUUAACUACUAAGCUGGAGAUUUGGUUUACCUUUUACUUGGCUGUAUUCUACUGUGUGAAGCUCAGAAGAGUUGUCCAUCCGCUGAGGACACCUCCUAAUGGCAAAUGGCGCAAGCAUCAUCUCAUUGCUGUGUUUGUCUUGUGGGUCACAGGAAUCGCAGUUUGCUGCCCUUACCUACUCUUUGGAAAUCAUAUGCAAAAUGAAGCACGACAGCUUCGCCUUAAUACUACUUACCCCUUCUCCCACAGCUUCCUUUAUGAAGAAUGUACCCUUAAUUUUCCAAAUACUGCAGUUGAACUUUAUUAUCAUCAGAUCUUCAUGGUCCUCACUGAUCUAAUCCCGCUAGCGCUUUUAAUUCUAGUCAGUUUACGUAUACUUAUUCUAUUUUGUGAGCAAAAGAAAGCAACUUAUGGCAAUAUCUGGAUUGGGCAUGACCCUUCAGAGACUGAGGUCCUACGGGCAUCCAAAGUGAUAGUACUGUUAAUGUUCCUUAUUACUGCUCUGUGGGUUGCCCACUUUGUCCUUGUCUUGUUCUUAAAGUACAUAUGGUCGUGGUAUCUAAUCUCAACCCUACUUGUUGUGAUGUUUUCUGGAUACUCCAGCAUUAACCCAUACUUGCUAAUGCUAAUAAACUACAAAAUCAGUUUGCAAAUUAGAUCCCUGAGCUCCUUCUGCUGUGCAAACAGUAAACCCAAGAAUUUACCUACCAGCAGUCAGAAGUCCAUACCUGAAGAACCGGCCACAGAAGACUGA